UAACCCCUAAAACGUUUCUAACUGUCAAACUUUCUUCGCUUUCUCUCUUCUCUGAUUCCGCCUCACUCACUCUGGCCGGUGCUCUUACAUUAGCAUCAAACGCCUUUGCGCUUUUCCUCUCACCUUUCACUCUUUGAUAGAAGAGUUUUGUGUUGAGAUUGUAUUUUCUUCGUUCAAGGUUUGCUGAGAUGGGGAAGAAAAGUAAACUGAAGGAACAUAGUGGCAAAGAACAUUGUUCCUCGACUCUUUUUGUAUCCAACCUGCCAUACUCUUUUUCCAACUCCCAGCUUGAGGAGACAUUCAGUGAGAUUGGACCUGUCAGGCGUUGCUUCAUGGUCACUCAGAAGGGGUCAACCCAACAUCGUGGCUUUGGUUAUGUUCAAUUUGCUGUCGAGGAAGAUGCUAACCGUGCUAUUGAACUGAAGAAUGGUUCAUCUGUUGGCGGCCGGAAAAUUGCAGUGAAGCAUGCAAUGCCACGUCCUCCCCGUGAAGAACGACAAUCGAAACCAAUUCAAGUUGGUAAGACAGAAGAUGACCCAAAGUCAAAAAAUGAUGAUAAAGACAGCAAAGAUUCUGGAGAAGAAAAAGCUGUUUCAAUUUCAAAGGCAGAAGAGGUACAAGUUUCAAAUAAACAAAGAAGCUCAAAGAGGCCCAUGGAAAUGAGAAAAGCAACUCUUUGUAGUGAUAUAGCAGAUGAUGGAGGUGGCUCAGAAAAGCAGAGGGUCGCCAGAACUGUUAUAUUUGGUAGUCUCAUAAAUUCCGAUAUGGCUGAAGAUGUUCACCGUCAAGCCAAAGAGAUUGGCACUGUGUGUUCUAUUAAGUACCCCCUUCCAAGGAAAGAUAUUGAACUGCAAGGUCUCCUGCAAGAUGGCUGUGCUUUGGAUGCUUCAGCUGUUCUCUUUACAAGUGUAAAGUCAGCUCGAGCUGCUGUUAUGGCAUUACAUAAAAAGGAGAUCAAAGGGGGAACUGUUUGGGCACGGCAACUGGGUGGAGAGGGUUCCAAGACUCAGAAAUGGAAGCUUAUCAUCAGAAACCUUCCUUUCAAGGCUGGUGAAAAGGAAAUAAGGGAUGUGUUUUCCUCUGCAGGGUAUGUGUGGGACGUAUUUAUUCCACACAAGUCAGAUACAGGGCUAUCCAAGGGUUUUGGAUUUGUGAAAUUCACCUGCAAGCAAGAUGCAGAAAAUGCCAUUCAAAAGUUUAAUGGAUCCAAAUUUGCAAAACGGCUCAUAGCUGUUGAUUGGGCUGUUCCAAAAAAGAUAUUUAGUAGUGAUUCAAAUGCCACUGAAAAAGAACAAGAGACAAAAGAUGGAGAUAGUAGUGCCACUGAUGACGAUGUUGAGCACAUUGGUGAUGAUAACUCUAGUGAUGACGAUGAUAGUGAUGAAGAAAACCCUAGUCCCAUGGAGAAGGAAGGUGUUCCUCCUGAAGUUGAUUUUGAUAUGGAAGUAGACAUGACUAGAAAGGUUCUUAACAACUUGAUUGCAUCCUCCACAAAAAGAGCAUCAGCGCAGAAUGAUUCUAUGUUGCCCAAAGAAAAUGAAGAGCCAGAAUCAGAGUCAGACGAAGAUGUAGAUAAUAAAGGAAAUAAUGAGUCCGAAAAAGUUUCAGGUGUUUCUAAUCCUGAAAUUUCCAACAUAAGCAAUUUAUCAAAUCCUAAGCAAACAGAAGAUGUUGAUUUGCAGCGAACAGUUUUCAUAAAUAAUCUUCCUUUUGAUUGUGAUAAUGAGGAAGUGAAGGAACGGUUCUCUGGAUUUGGGGAAGUAGAAUACUUUGUUCCAGUUUUACACCAAGUCACCAAACGUCCAAGAGGAACUGGUUUUCUUAAGUUUAAAACCACAGAAGCAGCUAAUGAUGCAAUUAAAGCAUCAAAUGCUGCUUCAGGUAUUCUGCUGAAAGGUAGACCAUUGAAAGUUUUGAAGGCUCUGGAUAAGAAAUCAGCCCAUAGCAAGGAACUCGAGAAGGCAAAGAAUGAGGUUAAUGAUCAUCGCAAUCUUUACCUGGCAAAGGAAGGACUCAUCCUGGAGGGAACUCCAGCAGCUGAAGGGGUUUCGGCCAGUGAUAUGUUAAAACGCCAACAGUUAGAAAAGAAAAAGAAGACAAAGCUUCAGUCACCAAAUUUUCAUGUUUCAAGAACAAGACUUAUCAUCUACAAUGUACCGAAGUCAAUGUCUGAAAAAGAACUAAAGAAAGUUUGCAUUGAUGCAGUCAUCUCUAGAGCUACCAAGCAAAAACCUGUGAUUCGGCAGAUAAAGUUCUUGAAAGAUGCUAAGAAAGGAGGAAAGGUUGUCCAUGAACAUUUUUCACGUGGAGUUGCGUUUGUUGAGUUUUCAGAGCAUCAACAUGCCCUUGUGGCUCUGAGAGUUCUAAACAAUAAUCCUGAAACUUUUGGUCCUGAACACCGGCCAAUUGUGGAGUUCGCUCUUGAUAAUGUUCAAACACUGAAACUCCGGAAGACAAGGCUACAAUUCCAAAAGCAAGCCUCUCGUGAUGACAUCGAAGCUAGUGAAAAUGGUGUAUCCAGCAAAAACGAAGUUGACACACAUGUGAAGGACAGGAAACGGAAAACUCGGGAGAGUGGCAAACCAAUGAAUGAUUUGGAUAGAAAUGGUGAAUCAGGUGUUACAGUGGCAAAUGGAAACACCCCAGAAGGACACAAAUUCAAGAAACAGAAAGGCAAAAAAAGUAGAAAGGCUGAAGAAUUACCAGAGAAAGAGAAUUUGGAUGCCUUGGCCAUGAAACCAAAGAAAAACCAAGAUGGCCGGAGCCGUGGUCGUGCACAACUUGAAGGUCAAAACCCUUCCAUUGACACCAAGAAAGCAACAUCAGGAAACAAGGUAGAUGUUGGAUCAAGAAAAAGGAAGAUGCAAAACGAACAAGGAGACCAAAAGGUUUCUAAGAAACGUCCAAAAAAGAAUAAACAAUCAGUUGGAAAAGACGCGGUAGACAAGCUUGACAUGCUUAUAGAACAAUAUAGAUCGAAGUUCUCACACAAACGUUCCGAAGGGAAUGACGGUGACAAAAAACCAUCCAAACAGCUUAGAAAGUGGUUUGAUGUAUAAAUAUCACCAUGCUAAGAAAUUUUACUUGCAAAAAGUAUUUUUGUUUUCCCUUUUUUCCUAAUUUUUUUUUUCACUACCUGGUAGAGAUGUGAUGAUGUAACUUUAUACGUCCCCUUGCGAUUGUUUUAUUAUCAUCUGAUAUAAAUUUUGCUGCGUACUGUUUAUUGCCA